AGUGAUUUUAAUUUUAUACAUACAAAUGCUCCAAGUAACAUAAAUAUAUAUUUCUCAAUUUUAAGUACUUUUAUUCAGUUGACGUGAAUAACUUGAUAAGUAGAAAAGUGCAUACAUUUCAAAUCUGUAUAAACCAUCAUGUGCGUUAGUACUGUAAGUCUGAGAAAUGAAUUAUGUACACCGAUACCAUUGGCUCUACACCAUCAACUUGAUGCGAAUCAGGUCGCCAUAAUAUUGUCCAAUCUACACUUUUCGAAUGCAUUUAGUAUCCGGAAAUUUGUAGAGGCGUCGAAAAAAGGAGGAAUUAUUUUAGGUUCGGCGGCCGCUGCGACGUUUGCUGUGCCAUUAUUAGGAGCUGCGGGUUUGAUGGCUGCCGGAUUUGGAACGAGUGGAAUAGUUGCAGGUUCACUUGCAGCGGCUUGGCAGUCGACAAUGGGUGGAAUUGUGGCGGCAGGUUCCGCAUUCUCCACCUUUCAAUCCAUCGGUGCUACCGGCGGUCUCAUUUUUGGACCCCUUGGUGUCGUCGUUGGUUUGACUGCGGGAGGAAUUGCUGGUGGGAUUGCAACCGCCGUUAUUCUCUUAAAGAAGAAGAAACCCGAAUAUUUCAAAUUAAUUUACUUACACGUUUGAUAACAAGUUUUACAUGCAAACUCGGUUAAUGCAUUAUCACUUUUUAGGAAUAUGACCUCAUUUACUAGUCUACCUUCAGUUUAGAUUUUGGCUAAAAUUUACAUACAUAUGUAGAACAUCAUUAUUUAUAAUAUUGUAAUUCUGAGCAUGUAUUUAUUUAUGUACAUAUCUAAUUGUAAGUGGUAUUAUUUGCGAUGAAAUUACGUCAAAAUAAUGAACAGUUUCACUCUGGGCUUAGAUCCUGCAACGUUUUACCUGUAAAUUACAUACUUGAGAUGAAAUGGAAAAUGAGGGGUUAUGGGAAAUUCCACAUAGAUGAGAAAAUUCCUUUACAGUUUUGGUACAAAUCUCUAGUUACAUAUGCAAGUAUCUACGUACAUAUGUAUGUAAAUGCAGGCAAUUAAGUAUGUAAAUAUGCAAACUGCCUUUAUGCAAAUUUCCUAACAUGAUUUUAUGAGUUAAAAAUAUGGGCGAUAAGAUCGCACUUGUAUCAGUAUUGCAAAUAUCAAAUUAUUGCUUAAGUAAAAUGGUAUACAAUUUUUACAACAAAAUAAGCUUGGGAGUAUAAACUCUACAUUUUACUCGUAUCUUGAUAUUGAAUAUUAACGAAACAAUAUUUACAAAACUCCACUACGUAACACAAAUUUUUAGAAAAAGUAUAAAAAAAAACUAUA